AUGGAGGAGAAGCAUGGCGGGGGCCACCGGGCCCUGCUCAACGAGGGAGAGGAGGCUGAAAUGGAGGUCUUUGGCUACAAGACCGGGGGCUUCCGGAGGGCCCUGUGCCUGGCUGGCUACGUCCUGUCCUGCGGAGGCCUCCUGCUUCUCUUCCACUGGAAGCCCGAGUGGGACGUCUGGGCCAACUGCCAGCCCUGCAGCUUGGAAGAGGCCGAUGUGGUGCUGCUCCGGAGCACGGAUGAAUUUCAGAUUUGCACCCGGAAAAAGGUGACCUGGAUCCCUCUGUCCACCCACCUGAAGCCCAGCUCUCUUGCCACGGAGGACGAGGAGUCGCUCCCGAACAGGGUCAUUGAGAAGCCCGGGUUCAAGGUGCGAUCCCUCCAGGUGCAGAAGAUCCGGUACGCCUGGGACUUCUCUGCUCGAGAGUUCCGGAAAGUGGGAGCCCUGGAGGACCACUACAGCCCCCUGGAGAUCCAUGCCAAGUUUGGGGCAGGGCUGACGAGCGCCCAGCAAGAGCUCAGGAGAGAAAUCUCUGGCCCCAACGCCAUCGACAUCGAAGUCACUCCGGUCUGGAAGCUGCUGGUCAAGGAGGUGCUCCACCCGUUUUACAUCUUCCAGGCCUUCAGUGUCUGCCUGUGGUUUGCAGAGAGUUACUCCGAGUAUGCGGUGGCCAUAAUCAUCAUGUCCCUCCUUUCCAUCUCACUCACUGUCUAUGACCUCAGAAAGCAAUCUGUGAAGUUGCACCAGCUGGUGGAAUCCCAUAAUAGUGUCCUGGUCAAGGUGUUCAGGAAAGAGACAGGCGCCCAGGAGGUGGAAUCUCGCCAUCUGGUGCCCGGGGACAUCCUGGUCCUGGACGAGGGCAGAAGCUUGAUGUCCUGCGAUGCCCUCCUGCUCAGCGGCCAGUGCGUCGUGAAUGAAGGCAUGCUGACCGGGGAAAGCCUUCCCGUCACCAAGACCGCCCUGCCCCAGGAGUGCAAGAGCAGCCAGCCGUGGCACCUGGGCUCCUCCGAGGACAGCAGGAGGCACCUUCUCUUCUGCGGGACAGACGUCAUCCAGGCCAGGGGAGGCGAUGCGGGGCCAGCGAGAGCCAUCGUGCUACGGACCGGCUUCAACACGGCCAAGGGAGACCUGGUGAGAUCCAUUCUGUAUCCCAAGCCCAUGAACUUCCGGCUCUACAGGGACGCCCUGCAGUUCCUCCUGUGUCUCGUGGUGGCGGCUGGCAUCGGGAUGGUCUACGCCAUCUGUGUCUUUGUAAUCAAUGGGCAAGAGGCCGGGGAGGUGGUGAAGAAAGCCCUGGAUGUCAUCACCAUCGCGGUGCCUCCAGCUCUGCCCGCUGCCCUGACCACGGGGAUCAUCUACGCCCAGAGGAGGCUGAAGAAAAAGGGGAUUUUCUGCAUCAGUCCCCAGAGGAUCAACGUGUGUGGCCAGCUGAACCUCGUCUGCUUCGACAAGACGGGCACCCUCACGGAGGACGGGCUGGACCUGUGGGGCGUCAUCUUGGCCGAAGGACAGAGUUUCCAGGCGGCCCAUCGCUUCUCCUCUGGCCCCCGCAUGCCCUGGGGCCCGGCGUCUGCGGCCAUGGCCUGCUGCCACUCCCUGAUGGUCCUGGACGGGAAGGUGCAGGGGGAUCCGCUGGACCUCAAGAUGUUUGAGGCGACUCACUGGGAACUGGUGGACUCCGCUGGUGGGGAAGGAGGACCGGCUGACGUGCUGGUGGUCCGGCCGGGGCCCGAAGCUGCGGAGGUGCCCCUGAAGGGCCUGGCUGUCCUCCGGCAGUUCCCCUUCUCUUCGGCCCUGCAACGGAUGACGGUGGUGGCCCAGGAGCUCCCCGGGGAUGGCCGGGUCUUCAUGAAGGGAGCCCCAGAGAUGGUGGCCGGUUUCUGCCAGCCAGAGACAGUGCCCCCCAGCUUUGCCCGCGAACUCCAGGGCUGCACUUCCCAGGGCUUCCGAGUGAUUGCGCUGGCCCACAAACGCCUGCAGGAGGGACAACUGGCUGCCUCCCUGACCAGGGAGGAGCUGGAGUCCGGCCUGACCUUCCUGGGCCUGCUGGUCAUGGAGAACCGCCUGAAGAGCGAGACCCGGCCGGUUCUGCAGGAGCUCCACCAGGCCCGCAUCCGGAGCGUGAUGGUCACAGGUGACAACCUUCAGACUGCCAUCACCGUGGCCAGAAAUGCGGGCAUGAUCCCCCAGGGCAGCCGGGUGAUCCUGGUGGAAGCCUCUGCUGGGCCAGGCCGGCCCUUGGCCUCUGUCAGCUGGGAGGAGCUGGAGGAGCCCAGCCAGGAAGGCGGCAGCAGACCAGAGGUGGUCCUGGGGGAGCCUGGGGGAGGCCGUGGCUUCCACUUCUGCCUCACUGGGGGCUCCUACGAGGUGCUCAGCCAGCACUUUGGGCAGCUCCUCCCGCAGCUGCUGCUAAACGGGACGGUCUUCGCCCGGAUGUCUCCUGCCCAGAAGGCCCACCUGGUGCAACAGUUCCAGCGUCUGGACUACUAUGUGGGCAUGUGCGGAGACGGGGCCAACGACUGCGGGGCCCUGAAGGAAGCCCACGCAGGGAUCUCCCUCUCGGAGCAGGACGCCUCGGUGGCCUCCCCCUUCACCUCCACGGUGCCCACCAUCGAGUGUGUGCCGGAGCUGAUCAGGCACGGCCGGGCUGCCCUGGUGACCUCCUUCUGCAUGUUCAAGUACAUGGCCCUCUUCAGCCUGGCCAGCUACGUUGGGGUCCUCCUGCUCUACUGGCAACUCAACUCCUUCGGGAAUUACCAGUUCCUCUUCCUGGACCUGGCCAUCACCACCGUCAUUGGGAUGACAAGUAAGCUGCCCCCCAGCCACCCCAAGCUGGCCCCCCACCGCCCCCCCACGCAGCUGAUUGCCCCCCCGCUGCUGCUCUCGGUGGUGCUGAACCUGCUCUUCAGCCUGGCGGUGCAGCUGUGCGGCUUCCUCCUGGUGCAGCGGCAGCCCUGGUACUCGCCCAGCGACAUCCACAGCGCCUGCUCCCCCGGGAACAGCAGCCAGGGCCCCGGGCCCCGAACUCCCCUGCCCAGGGAGGGCUUCCAGAGCUACGAGAACACCAGCGUGUGGCUCCUCUGCACCCUCAACUGCCUGACGGCGGCCCUGGUCUUCUCCAAGGGGAGGCCCUUCCGGGAGCCCCUCUACAAGAACUACGUCUUCGUUGUGGUCCUGGCGGUGCAGCUGGCCGUCUGCCUCUUCUUCCUCUUUGCCAACAUCGACGGACUCUACGCCCAGAUGGAUCUGGUGUGCACCCCCCCCCUCUGGAGAGUGUGGCUGCUGGGGCUGCUGCUGGGGGCCUUCAUCGCCUCCUUCGUUGUGGAGGAAUGGGUGAUAGAGAACCGGGCGCUCUGGCGGUGGCUGAAGGGGGCCACGGGGUACCAGUCCAGCAGCCGCUACAAGCAGCUCCAGCGGGCCCUGCGGCAGGACCCGGCGUGGCCCCCCAGCAACAGGACCGACUUCUCGGGCUCCCUGGCCGUCCCGCUCGAAGGGCCGGGCCCCACCUACACCAACCCGGCCUUCGUGAGCCAUGAGCCGCCCUGCCACCAAGGCUGA